UGUUGGGAUUAUGGGGUUUGUCACACGUUCCCGAGGAGAACAGGCGAAAACUGCUGUUUGCUGAGUUAUUUGCCGAGCAGAAGUCCAGCCAGAAUGUCAGUGGGAGUGCUAGCGGGUAAAGUGGCCCUGGUAACAGGCGCCGGCUCGGGAAUCGGACGUGCCACCUGCCGUAUUUUGGCCAGAGAUGGAGCCCAGGUGAUCGCCGCCGACCGAAAUCUGCAGGCGGCCCAGGAAACCGCCCGGGAACUGGGCUCCGAGCGAUCCGCCGCACUGGAGGUGGACGUGUCCUCCGCCCAGAGUGUCCAGUCCGCGGUGGCCGAGGCCCUCGGGAAGUUCUCGAAGGCACCCAGCAUUGUGGUCAACUCGGCUGGCAUCACCCGGGAUGGCUAUCUGCUCAAGAUGCCCGAGCGGGACUACGACGACGUCUACGGGGUGAACCUGAAGGGCACCUUCCUGGUGACCCAGGCCUUCGCCAAGGCCAUGAUCGAGCAGAAACUGGAGCAGGGCAGCAUCGUGAACCUCUCCAGCAUUGUGGCCAGGAUGAACAACGUGGGCCAGGCCAACUACGCGGCCACCAAGGCCGGCGUGAUCUCGUUCACGGAGGUGGCCUCCAAGGAGUUCGGCAAGUUCGGCAUCCGGGUGAACUGCAUCCUGCCGGGCUACAUAGACACGCCCAUGGUGGCGGUGGUGCCCGACUCCGUCAAAGAGCAGGUGGUGCAGCGCUGUCCCUUGGGAAGAUUGGGUCAGCCGGAGGAGAUCGCCGAGGUGAUCGCCUUCCUGGCCUCCCCACAGUCCUCCUACGUCAAUGGGGCCGCCAUCGAGGUCACCGGGGGUCUCAAGUGAAAACAUAGAGAAUAAGAAUGUGCCACUUACAGGCAGUACAAUUUCCCCAUCUCGAAACUCCCCAACUCCCAAGGUAGAACUUGAUGUAUAACAUAGUACUUUAUAUAUACCCUACAUAUACAUAUAUACAGGUGAAAUCAAGUGACUAUACAUAUGUAUGUGGGGUGGGCCCAGAACAUUGCAUUUACUUGUCCAGCCAUUUAAUGAAGUUUUUUUGUUCCUAAAUAUAUAAAUAUCGCAAUUUUACUACCA